CAUGUGAUCAAGUAUGGAGGCGUCGGCGAUGGGUAGCGUCAUCUCGUGAAAACAGGGAGAGUUCAGAGAAACUGGAACAAAUAAUCACAUAGCAAGCAAGCACUUCUCCGUUGCACCUAGGUCGCUUCGAAUUCUGUGAAAUGAGGCCAACAUGGGAGCAAAGGAGUCACGGAUAGGAUUCCUCUCGUACGACGAGGCCGUUAAGAGAGUUACAGAUAUAGAACUGAAAAGGCUGAAAGAUGCAUUUAAGAGGACCUGUGGGCUGUCCUGUUACAUGAGUCAGCAAUGCUUCAUCAAGGAGGUACUUGGGGAUGUAGUUCCCCCAAAGGUUGCAGAGGUAAUCUACAGUUCUUUUGGCGGUACUUCAAAAGGGCUUCAUUUUAACAAUCUUAUUGUGGGACUAGUCUUAUUAACAAGAGGAAGAGAUGAAGAAAAACUUAAAUAUAUCUUCAGCCUUUUUGCCAGUGAGUCUGGCAGUUGUGUUGUCAGAGAGGAGAUGGAAAGCAUGCUGCAGGCUGUAGAUGGAGAGGUACCCCCAUCACUUAAAAAGUGCUUUUCUGAGGGAGAGAAGAUAAGUUAUGAGAAGUUCAAAGUCUGGCUACUGCAAAACAAAGAUGCUUUUGCAUUUUCUCGUUGGCUCCUGGUUGGUGGUGUUUGUGUCACCCUUACUGAUGACAGCGAUACCCCAACAUUUUAUCAGACGCUGGCUGGAGUUACACACUUAGAAGAGUCGGAUAUCAUUGACCUUGAAAAGCGCUACUGGCUGCUUAAAGCUCAGUCCAGAACUGGCCGUUUUGAUCUUGAAACCUUUAUACCUUUGGUUUCACCACCAAUUCACACCUCUUUAAGUGAAGGCCUUUUUAAUGCCUUUGAUGAGAAUCGGGACAAUCACAUUGACUUCAAAGAAAUUUCGUGUGGUCUGUCAGCAUGCUGUCGGGGUCCUUUGGCUGAAAGACAAAAGUUUUGCUUCAAGGUUUUUGAUACUGAUCGGGAUGGAGCUUUGUCUUGGAGUGAGCUUAUAGAAAUGGUUAUUGCACUAUUAGAAGUUUGGAAGGACAACCGCACUGACUCUAUUCCGGAAUUACAUUCAAGUGCAGCUGACAUUGUGAAAGACAUCUUGAAAAUGCAUGACACUACAAAGAUGGGACAUUUGACUCUUGAGGACUAUCAGAUCUGGAGUGUGAAAAGUGCAUUGGCCAAUGAGUUUCUUAAUCUUUUAUUUCAGGUGUGUCAUAUUGUACUGGGUUUAAGACCGGCUUCACCAGAAGAAGAGGGACAGAUUAUCAGAGGUUGGCUUGAAAGAGAAAACAGACAUGGCCUCCAGCCUGGGCAUAAUUGGUUUCUGAUUUCAAUGCAGUGGUGGCAACAGUGGAAAGACUAUGUUAAAUAUGAUAAUAUGCAAAUUAUAGUGGAACAACCUAGUGUCAUAAGUGGUGUAAAGUGCACAUUGCAACAGGAUGAAGAAAAAACAGGAAUUAUACAUUCGUACAGCUCUUCAGAAGAAAGGUUUUCUGACAAUAUUUCAAGUGCUUCUGAAGCUUCUGAGACUACAGGUAGCAGUCUUGUUUUGUCCAGCUCAGCAAGUACAGAUGUGUGUUUUCUCCGUCACCCUAACCCAUCAGAGAGUAAUAAUCAAUGUUUCUCUGGAGUCAAUGGAUAUAUAUUAUCACAGCUUGCUCCACAGAAACCAGGAGCCAUUGAUAACCAACCCCUUGUCACACAGGAGCCCUUAAAGGCACCCACUUUAACUCUUGAGGGAGGCAGGUUAAAACGUUCUCAUCCCCUGACGCAAGGAAGGGAUUACGAGAUUGUUCCUGAGGCUGUAUGGAGAGCUCUUUAUCACUGGUAUGGAGCAAACCUUAGUUUACCUAGGCCAGUAAUCAACCAAAGUGAUUCUGGUCUUGCCGAACUAGAACUUUUUCCACGAUACUUGCUUUUUCUUCGGCAGCAGCCUGUAACACGGACUCAGCAAUCCAACAUUUGGGUUAAUAUGGGUAUGAUGAGCCUGAGAAUGUUUCCUCAGCAUGUUCCAAGAGGCAACGUUCCUUCUCCAAAUGCACCUUUAAAACGCGUUCUUGCAUACACCGGCUGUUUUAGCCGAAUGCAAACAAUUAAAGAUAUCCAUGAUUAUCUGUCCCAGAGACUCAGAAUAAAAGAAGAGGAUAUGCGACUCUGGCUGUAUAAUAGUGAGAAUUAUCUUACUCUUCUUGAUGAUGAAGAUCACAUGCUGGAAUACUUAAAGAUUCAAGAUGAGCAACAAUUGGUAAUUGAAGUUCGUAACAAGGACAUGAGCUGGCCUGAAGAAAUGUCUUUUAUAGCAAACAGCAGCAAAAUGGAUCGACAUAAAGUACCUACUGAAAAGGGAGCCACUGGAUUAAGCAACUUGGGCAACACAUGCUUUAUGAACUCUAGUAUCCAAUGUGUUAGUAAUACUCAGCCCCUGACCCAAUAUUUUAUCUCAGGCAGACACCUUUAUGAGCUCAAUAGGACAAAUCCAAUUGGAAUGAGAGGCCAUAUGGCAAAAUGCUAUGGUGAUUUAGUUCAAGAGCUUUGGAGUGGAACACAAAAGAAUGUGGCCCCUUUAAAACUCAGGUGGACAAUAGCCAAAUAUGCACCAAGAUUUAAUGGAUUUCAGCAACAGGACUCUCAGGAACUUUUGGCAUUCUUAUUGGAUGGGCUGCACGAGGACCUUAAUCGAGUUCAUGACAAGCCAUAUGUUGAACUUAAGGAUAGCGAUGGACGACCUGACUGGGAGGUGGCUGCAGAGGCAUGGGAAAAUCAUCUUAGAAGGAACAAGUCCAUUGUGGUGGAUUUAUUUCAUGGACAGUUGAAAUCCCAGGUGAAAUGUAAAACGUGUGGGCACAUAAGUGCUCGGUUCGAUCCUUUCAACUUCCUGUCAUUGCCAUUACCAAUGGACAGUUACAUGCACUUGGAAAUAACAGUGAUUCAGUUAGAUGGGUCUACACCUGUACAGUAUGGUCUACGUUUAAACAUGGAUGAAAAAUACAUAGGGCUGAAGAGACAACUGAGUGAGCUGUGCAGUCUGAAACCAGAACAGAUCCUUUUAGCUGAGGUUCACGGUUCAAACAUUAAGAACUACCCCCAAGACAACCAAAAGGUUAGACUUUCUGUUAGUGGAUUUCUUUGUGCAUUUGAAAUCCCAGUCCCUGGAUCACCCACAUCAGUGUCAUCUCCUUUACAAACAGAGUUACCCUCUUUGGGGAGUGUGAAACCUGUGUUGUCUGCCAAUGGAAACCUGUACACGCCAAGCUUAAUCCCAAAUGGAAUGCCUAGCACUGUGGUGCCAUGUGGAACAGAUGAUAGUCCUGCCAAUAUAGUUCCUAACGGACAUAUCACUCCGCUUGCUGACAGUCCAUUUACUGGAUACAUAAUUGCAGUUCACAGAAAAAUGAUGCGAACAGAAUUGUAUUUCCUGUCAUCACAAAAAAAUCGCCCUAGUCUGUUUGGAAUGCCUCUCAUUGUGCCAUGUACUGUACAUACCAGAAAACGAGAUUUAUAUGAUGCUGUUUGGAUUCAAGUCUCAAGGCUAGCAAGCCCUCUCCCACCACAAGAAGCCAGCAACCAUGCCCAGGACUGUGAUGAUAGUAUGGGUUAUCAGUACCCAUUUACCCUAAGAGUUGUUCAGAAGGAUGGCAAUUCCUGUGCCUGGUGUCCUUGGUACAGGUUUUGCAGAGGCUGUAAAAUAGAUUGCACGGAGGACAGAGCAUGUGUUGGGAAUGCAUAUAUUGCCAUCGACUGGGAUCCAACUGCUCUUCAUUUGCGAUAUCAAACAUCACAAGAAAGGAUUGUAGAGAAACAUGAAAGUGUUGAACUAAGUAGACGUGCUCAAGCAGAGCCUAUCAAUCUGGACAGCUGCUUAAGAGCAUUCACAAAUGAGGAAGAAUUGGGUGAAGAUGAAAUGUAUUACUGUUCGAAAUGCAAGACUCAUCGCUUGGCCACGAAGAAACUGGACUUAUGGAGAUUACCGCCAAUACUGAUUGUGCAUUUAAAGCGCUUUCAAUUUGUGAAUGGUCGCUGGAUUAAGUCCCAAAAAAUUGUGAAGUUUCCUUGUGAAAACUUUGAUGCUAGUGCUUUUCUGGUCCCACGAGAUCUCAGUCAGUGUCAAGCUAACAAAGACUUCCCUCAGGUAGAUGAUCAAUGUAGGCCAAGAAAAUGGGCUGAAUCUACAGUGCAGUGUCCUGGAAGCAGUGACUUCAUUACAUCAUCCACAGCAGCUGUUAACAGCUGUGUGAAAGUCCCUCCCUCACCAGGACAAAAAGCUAAUAUAUCAACCAGCAAAAGUAGUAAUGUGUGCAGCAGUCCAAAAACUGUGGUGAAACCAAGAGGACGACUACGUUUGCCACAACUAGGAGGAAAGCACAAACUGUCUGCUAGUAAAGAAAACCUGGACUGUAGCAGGGAUGGAAGCCCAGAUCUUGGCCAAAAAGAUUCUUCAGACUGUGCUGUCAAUGCCAGCAAUAAAAACGGUAUUGCUGAAGGCAAUUCUGACUCAUCACUAGGAGACCUGUCAGCCAAAGACACUGAGGCAGUUUUGGUUAAUGGUACCCUGUCAGAAAAGGAACCAACUGACUCUAUUAACAGUAGCAGCAGUGAUGGACAUGCUGAAAACCAAGCUGAUGAAGACAGUAAUGACGACCAAAGAGAGGAAAUCUGUCUUAAACCUAUAUACAACUUAUAUGCAAUUUCAUGUCAUUCAGGAAUAUUGGGAGGUGGACAUUAUGUGACAUAUGCCAAAAACCCAAAUAACAAAUGGUACUGUUACAAUGACAGCAGCUGUAAGGAGGUACAUUCAGAUGAGAUUGACACAGAUUCUGCCUACAUUCUCUUCUAUGAGCAGCAAGGGGUGGACUAUGCACAGUUCCUGCCAAAGAUAGAUGGAAAGAAAAUGGCUGAUACUAGCAGUAUGGAUGAAGACUUUGAGUCCGAUUACAAAAAAUACUGUGUCCUCCAAUGAUGUUUUCUCUGUUUGCACAUGCAGACUUGUCUACAAAACUGUGCUAAACCACUGAAGCCUGUAGCAAAGGAAACCAUGUUUUACCAAUUAGUUCUGUACACUUUAAGCACAAGCUGUCUUUUUCAACGGCCACUGCAUCUUGGUACAUUAUAUGUGGAAUGUCAGUAUGACAGCUAACUAAACACACCAUUUACUGUCCAGCCAUUCAAUUUAAUGUGUCGAAAGCACUUUCAGGACAGCUGUAGUAGGAUUUUAAUCUUUUUGUGUUAAAGUAUGAUAGAAAAUACUGUGUCAUGCAAAAUGCUUUCCCGGCCAUGCCCGUUCCGAGUGUUUGGUUUUUAAACUACAGGCAUAAACAACAGACUUCUUUUUCAGUUUUUAAUAUUUUGGCAUUGCCAGCAGAAACUUUUAUAUGCUACCUCAGACAUUUCUUGCAGUGUACUUAUUUAAAGCUAACAGUAGCAUGCCCUAAGCUUACUUUCCCUAACCAUUGUGUGACAGUGGAGCCUUCAAAUGUACUUCCGUAUUACACAUCAUCUGAAAGAAAUGGAAACACUUUGAAUUCUGUACCGAGCCUUGGAAGAGUUAAGUGAUUGAUGGAUUAUUUCAAGUUUAUUUCAAGUUGCUUUUUCUUUCUUCUUUUUAUUUUAUUUUAAUGUGUGGGGUUAUGUGCAUUUACCAUGCAUCUGGAAAGGUUUCUAGUUUUCAUCUUUGCUUUUAUUUAUUUUCUUGGACAUUUUAAAUUAAAUAUUCUGUUUUAAUUUUUUCAUUUUUUGUGUUUGAAUUCCAGACCCCUUUUUUUUUAAUAAAAUCACCUUUCAUUUUCUCCCUUUCAAUGAAUGUUUGGAAAUUCUGGGCUUAAAUAUGCCUUUUACGUGAAAUACAUUUCUAUUUAUGUUCAAAGUACCUCUGGCCUCUUUGUUUUCCACCUUUAAAUGAUGAACAAACUUGUCACUGCUUGAUGAAUUGGUUUGCGAAAUAUUUCACAUUCAUGAGCCACUUUUCUGUUAUGGCCAUUGGGAAUAUGAAGUUGUAGGCUGAAUGUCAUUUUGUUCCGAGUGCUGAUUUUUGGCAAUAGCAAUAGUUCUGCCUUACAUGCAAGGAUAUUUAAGCUGGUAAGCCCAGAUUUCUAAACUGAUGAUCAAAAAUGCUGGAAAGUCACAUGAGGUUUAUAUAUAUAUAUAUAUAUAUAUAUAUAUAAAAAUUACAAUGAAUUGUAAUUCUCUGACAAUGUAGUUCCAAAACAUAAAUACCAUUUUCUUUAAUUGAAACCGUUUUAUUGUUUAAUACUUUUGUAAAAAGUAAAAACACAAACUGUAAAGUGUGUAUUAAUGAAAAAAUACACUACUGUCUACACUACCAUCUACUAGUACUAUUAAAUAUCAAGUAUACUUUUAAGUAUUGAUUGCCACAAGAUAUUUGAGAUAUCUCUUCUUUUGCCACAUGAGAUAUCAGUAAUGAAAGCCAUUGCUUGUCCUGCCGCCCUGAUCUGAUGUGGUAGUGCAGUCUUAUGUUCUUGCCUGUUAUUUACUUUGGUUAUUAAUUUUUAAGGAUUCCUAUGAAAUUUAUUAAAUUAAUUUUUAUUUUGUAAAUAUGUGUAAAAAAAAACUUCACAUUGCACUGACUAAUUUUUUUCUGUACAUAGAUGAUGUGUAAAUAAGUUAAUGAAAGUGAUGUAUUCAGAUAUUAUAUGUAAAAAUGUUCCAGUUAUUGUAUAGUGUGAUUUGUUCCUCUGUAACCAAUAUUCAGAAAACAAAUUAAAUAACAUUACUGCAAUUAUAAAAA